AUGCUGCUCCAUCGCAAGAAGAAACCGGCUGCAAUCAAGAAAGAAGGAGAUGAAGCAGAGGCAGUAACCAUCAAGGAAUUUAAGAAAAGCAAUCAUGGUCAAAGGAAGCGGGAGAAGCGUCAACAAGGCCGGGCACUUGACCCUCACCUUGAAGAACAUUUUAGCAGUGGAAGGUUGCUUGCAUGUAUCGCAUCAAGACCUGGACAAUGUGGCCGCGCUGAUGGGUAUAAUUUGGACUGA